AUGCGGCUUCCAAAGGUGAAGAACAAGUAUCCUGCUCCGGUACAGGUCACCGUUGAUGACAUUGUCAGAAGUGCUGAAGGUGGCACAAGAAAUGUGGGACCCCGUGCGCUCCCAGCCACAACCUGCAGAGGUUACAAAGGUGAACCGCCGGCAGGGACAGAGGUGACAGAGGCGGCCGAGGUGCCUGGUCAGAGCGAAAAGGGGAGCGAACCGAGGCUAGUCUUCAAGCAUCGUCCGUUUGGGCCUUCCACAGAGCUUCUUCGCGCUGGUGUUCGUGCCCAACUACGUGUACGACCGAAAGGUGAUUGGGCAUACAGGCGAUUGCUCUGCAUUGGAGUGUGCAAGGAGAACGUUGGCUGCCUAACCGCUCAUGCUUUUUGUGUGCGUGAUCCGCAUUUGAGCCUGGCCCGGUUUGAUGACGGAAAUGCAGCCGGCGCUGGUUUGGUGAUCCUGGAGGGGGCUCGGCUGGAUCUCAGCCGCAUAGGUGGCAGCCAGGCUGCUUCGACUGCAGCGCUAGUCAAUGUGCCCAGAAAGACUGUCGGCGAGAGGGGCGGGAGCUGGAGAGGAGGGAAGCACUGCUCCAUAACUUGCGUCUACGCCGUGCCAUUGAUCCCCGACAUACCGCAGUCGCAAGUGGACUUCGGGAGGGACACGAGCACUGAUGCUUUUCCCGUGGCCUGGGCGGUGGGAAGCAAUUCGGUUCCGCAGACAGCCACAGGCACCACACACUUGCACUGGUGGGGCGAGGAGCGGAAAGACUACGCACGAGCCAUGGACAACGCCAUAGCGCAACAGCUGCCGGAGAGGCUGAAGGCCUGCGAUGGACAACAAGCUGUACCUGAUUGCAGAACAGAAAGCACUGCAGGAAAGUGCUGCUGCCCAACAGGUCAACAAGUGGGAGAGGACGGUUGUAAGGGCUGCGGGGCUCUCAAAGAGAGGCUGUCCGCCUUGCUCGAGCUACACCUUCUCCACUCGAUAGAUCCAGGCGCGGGAGAGUACAGUUUCUACAUCAUGUUAUUUGGUUCCCUUGUGUUGCUACCGUUCCCCUGGGCUCUCUUAGCGCAAGUGCUUUGGCAAUUUGCCAAGCCCAAUGAGAGCUUUUUGCAGCAUGAAGCUUGGGAGCAGCGGAAACACUUCGCAGAGACCUGGAUUGGCAACCUGCAUGGCCCUUCAACUAUCAAUGUGGCGAACCUUGCUGGAGAAUGCCGACCUAUCCCAGGAUUCAGGGAGACAUCACUGCUGCUCCACUUGCGCAGGUCUGUUGCAGAAGUGUUCAGCGUGAAUUUCCUGGAGGUCGGGCUGGUCUUUGGUGGAGAGCUCCUUUUACCAGACUUGGAUUUUAAGACCCUGGGCGAUUUGGAUAUCUACGAUGGGUGCACAGUGUCAUUCAUCCAUCAGAUGUGUGCAGACAGGUCGGUCGAACAGUUCGGACUCUUCGGUCAAGAGAAGCGACAGCAAGUGCGUCAAUCAAUGCAGGACAUUGCUCGGGAAAAGGCCGAGUUCGAGGCAUUCUGCCAGGAGCAAGCUGCUCUCGCAGAGCGGGCCCAUGCUCCUGCACCUGAGAUUGCAAUCAAAGGCGAGCCAUCAAUGGUCCUGGCGCUGGGUAACUUUGGAGGGCGAGCUGCAGGACAAGGUGCUCCAGGGCAGAAUGACCAGAUCUCUUUGUUUUGCAGAGCCAGUGGUGUUGACCAACGUGCCGAGAUCAGCCUUCGGGGGCUGCCGGUUCACUUGGCCGCAGAGAUCAUGGCCCAGGGGCCUGUCGAGACAUUCCGAGUCAUAUGUACCAAGUCUCGAUGCUCGCGUUGCAUGUGA